AUGCGGAUAGACUCUCCUAUGAUCAUGUUCUGGCUCGUUGUCGUUGUGCUUGUCGCUCUGGCGGCCAACGCGUCGGGUCGAAGUUUAGAAAUCCGGCGAAAGCGUUUGCAGCCAUACGAGCCAGGCCCGAUGGCAAACUUUGUGGGUGCAGGGUCCGGGGCCAGGCGCGAUGCGGACGGGGAGCACUCCCAAGACGGUAAGGACUGCCAGACGCAGCAGCAAAGGCCAAAGCCGGGAACCGGUGCCAAGGCAAGGGCCUCCGGGAUAGCCAUCCAGGCCGCAAAUGAGGCCAAAAAGGCCAACGAGGACAUGGCCAAUGCCGUGAAAAUAGCGGCCGAUAAAAUCAAGAACGAGUAUGCUGACAAGGCCACGGCUGCGGCCAAAGCCGCCGAAGCUGUCUUGGCCGGGAAGGGUCAAGUUCUAGACCAACUGGACGCCGAAGUCCAUGAGGCGGAGGUGGUGGUGCAGGAGGAGAACCAAGAACUGGCUACCGCCGAGACCAAUGCCCAGCUAGCCACUAAGGCCAGUCACCAAGCUCAGCAGGAGCUAAAAAUGCUAUCUGUGGGUCUGAGGCUGGCAAAGGAGUAUCUGGACACCAGUGAGCAGGUAUCCAGCGUUUGGGCCCAAUCCCUGGCCGACAAAACGGCUCUCCUGGAGGCGGCCCAGCGGCGAGUGAGUGUCUUGAUGCGUCAACUGGCCGAAGCACGGACGGACUUCGAGAGGACCAGGAAAGCUGCCACUAAUGCGGCCCGAGCUGCCCAGGAUGCCAAGCAGCGGAUUGAGGCAAGUAAUGAACCGCGACAGGAGUGCGAGCGCGCGAGACCCAGGCGUGCCUGGCAGCAACACGACAGACCCGAUUAGAUUAUAUAUUUUGAUUAGUUUCCUUAUACUUGUUGCAUGCCAGAACCAACUAAAUAAAAGGCUUGCAUUAUAAUUUAA